UGAUUCGAUUUUAAAGUCAAUUGACAAUGGAGUAUGUUCUUUGAGUUUGCCCUACUGACCAAAGUAUCGAAACUCUGAACAUAGUUAAAUAUGGUUUGAAGUAAAUAGGGGAAGUACCGCCUCUACAAACUAACCUUAUUUAGUCUGAGGUCAUUUAAUAUUGACUGGUCAAUCCAAAGAAAAACCGACUAGUCUCCGCAGGAAAUAGGUCGGGGCAAAACCUUCUUCCUCUAGAUACUUUUUCCUCGGAACUAAAGUUAAUCCAACAUGGCAGAGGAAGAAAAACCAAAAUCCAGAAGAGAAUGCUUGCUUUGUUUGCUUUGGUUUUGCUGUGUUUUGCUCACUUUGGCAGCGUUUACGUUUUCGAUGUAUACAGUGAAAGAAUUUGCAACGCUCAAAGCGCGCAUUGGCGAUUUGGAAAGCCAACUGAGUCUAAUAAGUGGAAACAAUUUGGGAUAUUCAGAGAAAGACUACAUGGCAUCUAGAAGGACUCUACCGCAAUCAAAUAAAAUUUGGCACACAAGUAAGGAGGACAAGAAAAAUAAAAUUCAUGAAAUAAAUAAAAGAGAAACCCAGAAGCCUUAUAAGGACAGGUCCAAUGUUUUCAUUCACUUAAGUGGAGGCCUCAAAGCGAGAAGAGAUCGUAACCUGAUCAAACACUUGAAAGUGUAGAAUUUUGACUCCACUACGCUAGAAAUACAACACACACACUUUUGUUAUACAUGGGCAGGUGGGUCAGCUGGGCUCAGAGUUUGACUAGUUUAAUCAAUUAUUUUCUUUCGAAGACUUUUCAAACGACAAUUUUUGUACUUUAAAUGAUAAUACACCUAUCUAGCCCUAAUUAAAUCCCUUUUGUGUAUGGAAAACUGCAGCACACAGCGUUGCCUAUAAAACUGAAUCAUUUAAUAGAUCAAGUAUAGGCAUUAAUUAAUUUAGACACAAAAAGCAGUCUACACUGCUGUAUAGAAAUAUACUUUUUAUAAUUUAUGUGAUACUGAUAUAAAAAUAGAAAAUAAAAAUGGUUUACAACAUGA